AUGAAGAAGUUAAAUUUGGAUUGGGGCACUGCAUCUAAUCAAAGGAUCAAUGACCUGAAUGCACUUGAUGAGUUUCGCCUAAAAGCCUAUGGAAGUUCAGCCUUAUACAAAGAGAAGAUGAAGAGGUUGCGCCUAUUUCCAGGCAAACUCAAGUUCAAGUGGACCGGGCAAUUUUUGCUCACGAAAGUGCUCUCGUAUGGAGCAGUUGAGCUUGAAAAUAGGGAUGGAACAAGUUUUGUGGUGAACGGGCAGAGGAUCAAGAUCUGUCUGGGAGAUGCUGAAACUGUGCAAGAGGUAGGUGCUUCAGUGUUUUAG